UACCAUGUGUCCUUGACUUGCCUAGGCCUGGGUGCUCUUCUGCCAUCUUCCCACUCCUGCAUGUUUAGGAAAGGAAUGCCAGCUUUCAAGAUGGCUCAGAUGGGGAUUUCCAUUUUUUCCAUCUCUCUACUUCCCCUUGUCUACUUAAAUUCAAAGUAGUAUAGGCAUCUUGAACUCCUGCACUUUCUGAACUACCUGAUUGCUCCUGGAGGUCUUCUGGAUCUCACUGGAAACUCUUCACUGGGAAGUGGAAAUGGCAAUGGCAUCAUCUGUGGAUUUUAAGAUCUAUGUGGAUCAGGCAUGUAGAGCCGCUGAAGAAUUUGUCAAUAUUUACUAUGACACCAUUGAUAAAAGGAGAAGGGUACUGACUAGAUUAUACUUGAACAGCGCCACUCUGAUUUGGAAUGGAAAUGCUAUUUCUGGACAAGAUGCUCUGAAUGAAUUUUUUGAGAUGUUGCCUUCCAGUGAGUUCCAUAUCAGUGUGUUAGAUUGCCAACCUGUUCAUGAACAAGCUACUCAGAGCCAAACUACCAUCCUCGUGGUGACCUGUGGGACUGUGAAGUUUGAUGGGAAUAAACAGCGCUAUUUCAACCAGAACUUCCUGUUGACAGCACAAGCCACACCCAACAACACAGUAUGGAAGAUUGCAAGUGAUUGCUUCCGCUUUCAGGAUUGAGCUACUUAGUCUUGGCAAAAAUUAACCCUGAAAUAUUUGAAAUGUCUUCAUUUUUCUCUUGUUGUCCCAUUUACUAUAGAAGUGUGAAUAGUGUGCCAAAAUUGAUGAAUUUUUAAAAAUGUAGAUCCCUAGCAACAACUUUCGCAGUUAUCCUUAAGAACAGUGGAAUUGUAUUUGUAUGUAACAUACCUUUUAAAUACUCUGAUACUAAAGUUCUGUCCCUCCCACUUCGUUCAGAAAUGAGUUUUUGAAGAGAACUGCUGUAAACUUCAUUGAUCAAAAACUGGAAUUUGUUGUCCUCAUAGUUCAGCAUAAUGCCCUGGGAGAUAGUCUUUAUAGUAUAUACACAUACACACACACAUACACACAGAGAGAGUAUAUAUGGUUAAUAUAAAAAUACUUGCAGCCUUUAGUAAACUAAGCGUAGUCUCAACUUAGUGACUACCUAAAUCAGAACAAUAAAACCACUCUAUUUUUACUUGUUGGAUUUUCAUCUCUACUCUGUUCAGGAAAUAAUAAAUUUAAUUUGUUUGGGUUUUUUAGUUACAUUUUGAGUUCUGAACUGUCCUUCCGUACCCACACUAGAGAAGGCCACCAUUUGCCACAGAUAUGCAUGUGUGUAUGUAAAAACCAUACUAUGCAUACUUCUAUUUAUCAGUUCUUUUUCUGGAGGUGGAUAACAUCUUUUUUAUAGGUCCUUUGUACUUUAUUUGAGUAUUUAUGGUACUCAGAAUAACUUAAUUAUUCAUAGUUAUACUUUGAAUGAUAUUGCUGUUACUAUAUGCAACAUGCAAAUAGUAUAGUUUUUUUAAGAGAAGGAAUGAUAAUAAUAAUUCUCACUUAUAUGUGGGUUUAAGAUUUAAAAGUACUAUAGAUAUAUCAAAUAUUCCAUUUAAUCCAUUCAACAACUCUGAAGUAAAUAGCAUUAAGUGUUCCCAUUUUGCAGAGGAGAAAAUUUGACCUAAAUAACACAGCUAGCAAAAGUCAGAGAGUUCCUUCUAUUAUUACAUCAUGAUACUUCCAUAUAAAGGCAGCUAGAAGGUACAGUGAAUAGAGCACUGAGUUUCUACCUUACCUCAGACACAUGGUACUGAGCAAGUUACUUAAUCUCUGCCUCAAUUUCCUCAACUGUAAAAUGUGGAUCAUAAUAGUACCUACCUCACCAUGGUUGUUGGUUAAUGAUUUUAAUGAAUUAUUCAAAAACUUAAGUUAUUUCAUAACUAUGUAAAUAAAUGAACUCAAAUAGUAUAAUUGAACACUGCAUUUGAAGCCCCAAAAUAUGAGUUUGUGACUUAGCUAUGUUGUUUGUUGAUGUGAAUAAGUAAGCAGGGAGCAAAUCAAGUUUCUUCUUUGAACCUCAGUUUUGACAUUUGUAAAAAAAAAAAAAAGUAUGUUUCCUGUAUUAUAGGAAUGUUGUAAAGAAAAUAGCAAAAUGCUGUAGAAAUGUAGAGUUUUAUGAUGGUGGUCAGAUGUAUAGAAUUUCUGGAUAUAGUCUUGAUGACAAGAAAAGAAAAUUAUUUUUUCAUUAAGUUCUUAUUGCUAUCUUUUAUUUUUAUAUGACCUUCAUUUCUUAGCUUAUCCUUUUCCCUUCCCAGCUAGAGAGCCAUUCCCUAAAAUAAAUAAUAAAAGGGGGGGGGAGGAAUCAGUUCAGCAAGAUUAGCACAUCAGCUGAGUCUGAUAGGGUAUGCAAUGCCCCAUUUCCAUACAUCCUACAUCUGCAAGGAAGGAAAGGAAGUAUAUUGUCAUGUCUUCUUGGUUGUUAUAAUUAUACAGCAUCCGUUUUUUAAAAAUUCCAUUUAUAUUGCUGUUAUUGUAUUCAUUAAAAAGUAUAUAUUAAAACUUUCA